GUUAAAGGCUAUAGGUCUCUCCCCCCCCCUUCCCAGUCACCUUUGGUUGGGCUGGUCCGAGGGUUACGUUGUUCGGCCUGGGAAGCAUCAGCGGUUGAGGCAGCCAGGAUGAACUGCCGUUCAGAGGUACUGGAGAUAUCAGUGGAGGGGCGCCAGAUUGAAGAAGCGAUGCUUGCCGUUUUGCACACCAUAUUGCUCCAUCGCAGCACAGGAAAGUUCCACUACAAGAAGGAAGGGACCUACUCCAUUGGGACAGUCGGCACACAAGAUGUUGACUGCGACUUCAUUGAUUUUACCUAUGUUAGAGUUACUUCUGAUGAGCUUGACCGGGCCUUGAGAAAAGCUGUUGGGGAAUUCAAGGAUGCACUGCGGAACUCGGGCAAUGAUGGGAUGGGCCAGAUCUCGCUGGAGUUCUACCAGAAGAAGAAAUCACGGUGGCCAUUCUCUGACGAGUGUAUCCCAUGGGAAGUGUGGACGGUCAAAGUGAACGUGGUGAGCCUGGCUAAUGAGCAGGAGCGGCAGAUCUGUCGCGAGAAGGUUGGUGAGAAGCUCUGUGAGAAGAUCAUCAACAUUGUAGAAGUGAUGAACCGACAUGAGUACCUGCCCAAGAUGCCCACCCAGUCUGAGGUGGACAAUGUCUUUGAUACGGGGCUGCGGGAUGUCCAGCCCUACCUGUACAAGAUUGCUUACCAGAUCACUGACUCACUUGGAACCUCUGUCACUACAACCAUGCGGCGCCUCAUCAAGGAUACCCUGGCACUCUGAUCUCCAUGAGACUGUAGACCUGACAUUAUUGAGAGGCAACAUGAGCAACUGGCUUUCUGUCCAAAAGCACCAAAUACAUAUUUUCUCCCAGGAAAUCUGGGAGUCUUGAUA